AUGCUGACAUUCCAGGCUUCAGCGAAUCGCGGAGUCACCGUCCGACUGAGAAGUGACAUCUGCUUCAGCCACCUCACUCAGAUUCCGGACUCCUCCUGCAAGCAGCUACCCGAGCGUCACCCUCACGGGUAUUGGACACACGACUGGGACACCUCAGCCUUGAAGGGAAGCAUGUUUCAAGCCUACUUGCAGCGGCAGGCUGCAUCUCCUGGAAGCGCGAAAACGGAAACUCGACUCUUUCUGUACGAUGGGAUCUUUGCAGCCGGUCUGGCCGAUUUCUUCUUGGCGGAAUGGGGGGCGAAGGAAUCUCGAGGCCAUUCACGACCACCAAAGAUUUUGAUCCUGGGGGCUGGACGUGGGGCUUUGGCAGAGCAGCUGGCACGCUGGGGCCUGCCAGCGGUGGCCAUAGAUGGAAACUGCAUGGUGGAGUUCACUGCUGAACAUCGUGGACUGUGUGCCGAUGUUGUGCAUCCGCGUGGCCUGGGUGCGUGGGCAGAGGCAGCAUGUCUUGGGGCCGAGGUGCCACUGACUCCUCGAGUUGAUCCAGAAUUGAAGGCUCUCGGCUCAAAGGAGACGAAGGUCUGGUGCCACUGGUUGCAAGGUGUUUCGAAGAGCGACUGGGCACUGGCUCUCAAUCUCCUUCCGGAGAUCCCGCGCCACUUGCUGCCAAGGCUCGCAAGAACGCUCAGCCUGGGCCUGGAGGGCGUCAUUCUGACCAUGCCGGUUGGCAGGCCCUUGCAAGAUGCGAAACGACGGGAUCUCGUUCGAGCUCUUCGCCAUCGAGGCUACGCUGUUGACAGGGAUGCUAGCCGCCACCUUGGAGCUCUUGGAGGAUUGCUUUGUUGCCCAUGGAAUGCAAACACAAUUGUCCUGAGGAGGAGGCGGAAGGAGACGGCGUGCUCUGCUCGCGUGAUCCAGCAGCUAAAGGGCAGUCUGCCCUGUGUUCUGCACCAGAACUACGGCUGCGUGCAUGGUGGUGUUUGGGUUCACUUUGGGUGCCGCGGCUACUUCACGAACGGCGGUCAUGGUUCAACCCUCUGCUCAAGUCCUCUUUCUGAAUAUGCCGAGUGCCCUUGGCAAGGAGCGAAGACGGAGCUUCCGCGCAAGCGGAAGCUCAGAUCUGCGCAUCGUCCGGCAGCAUUGGUUGCGCGGGCGCUUUUCCGUUCGGACAUGGCUCACGAAGGGAAGGUUGCCAAUGCCAGUGGCUCCUCUCACUGGUACACUCGGCUCUUUGGGCUGCCUCUGAGUGGACUCUACGAGGCGAUGGAUCCCCUCAGCUUCGGCACAGGUGUGUGGCCAGACUCUGUCCAAGAAAGGCUCUUUCUCGUUGCCGCCCUUCGGGCCCUGAAGCUUGCCACAGGUUCCUUCGUUGGCCAUGGCUUGGCACGCGCCAGUACCAGAAUCGCCCGAAGUCAUCGAGCACUCAAAAGCGCGGUCAGCAUGCUCGAGAUCAAGGCGAAGUUUUCAGGACCUGCGGAGCGGCAGUGUGCUUCGCUGAUGCUCGAGUGCUUGCGAGUGAUUGCUGAUCUGAACCAUGCCGGCUUGCAGAGCAUGUCUCAACAAGGCCACGUAGAUGCCCAGACGCAGUGGACCAUCCCAAAGCUGAUCUUGACCUUGGAGAAGCUGAUGGAAGCAGCGCCAGGGAAGAAGCUCGCGUGGUUCGAGCGGUUGAGUGGGACUUGGCACCUUCGUGUCGAUUCUGAAGAUCCGUGGGGACGCUAUGUCUACAAAUUCGCCUAUCAAGCGGCGCUUUGA